CUCCCUUCCCCAGCUGUGACAGCAUCAGAGCCUCUCAGACACCUGGACCAUGGACCCCGGGGACUGCACCUGCAUGUCUGCAGGAAUCUGCAUCUGUGGAGACAACUGCAAAUGCACAACUUGCAACUGUAAAACGUGUCGAAAAAGCUGCUGUCCCUGCUGCCCCCCAGGUUGUGCCAAGUGUGCCCAGGGCUGCAUCUGCAAAGGGGCAUCUGACAAGUGCAGCUGCUGCCCCUGAAAUGCAUCCAUCCUCGUGCUGGAGACGAGGUCUGGGAAGCAUCUGUACAGUGCGUUAGUCAAGAAGUUGAAUGAUUGUACAAUAGGUUGUGCUUUUUAUAAAUCUGCCCAAGUCAGGUGUUGGUGAUGUUCAUGUGAAGUGCUUGGAGCAAUAAAGUUUACACUCCUUGUU